AGUAUGGCUGUCACGUAUGCGCAACUGAUUUGUGUAAACAACCCGGGUUUUUCCAACGACUGGUUUAACGUAGACACGAUAGCCAAUAUAUAGGUGAAUGACCAGACGUAAGGAAUGUACAUUGUGAAUACGACUGGUAAAUAUAUCGUGUAACCUCACCAGAUGUAAAGACGUGUGAAUAUUACCUGUAUCCACACCAGCAGACUUCAAAGAGGGAGAUAUUCAGGUUGUCAAAACGAUGCUGUUGAUUCUCCUGUGUCUAGCUGGCGUUCUUCCGCUUUGCAGGUCAUUGGAUACAGAAUCGGAGAGGGGUACACCCUUACUAUCAAGUUGCCAGGUGGACGCUAUUCCUGGUGUAAAGUUUCGAUGUCCCAGCGUUGACUCAGGAUAUGUUCCUCAUGGAAAGCAUUGCCAUGUUAAGGAUAUGUCCUCACAAACGCAAUCCUACAUUGCCAUGUGCUCCCGGGGCAGUUGGAUAAAUGUCUCAAAAGCACUGAGACGCAGAAAACGACAAUUGACAGGCGUGUUCGCCGUUACCGGAGUCACUAUAGGAGCAGUUCUAGGACCGGUUGGGGCUGUAGUAGGGGGCAUCAUAGGCGGUAUCGCAGGUUUUCUCUGCGAUUUGUUUUGUAAAGGAUCAUCAACGCCUCCUAACACAACUCCAUCCAUUUCUUGGAACAAGCCAAAGACCUCACAGUAUUAUGCAAAUCCUGGAGAUACAUUUGCGGUUGUUAGAUGGAACUCUCCAACAGCAUCUGAUAAAGAGGAUGGUAAAAUAAGCCCUAAACGAAUAUAUGGACAACCUUCCAAUUCUAAAUUUACAAGAGGGCAACACACAAUUACAUACCAGGCCACAGAUUCCAGAGGAUUGACGGCUUUUAGUCACUAUACAUUCACUGUAGUAGUUCGUAUGUGUAAAGACGCACUACCCGAUCCCAGUAACGGGCACGUGAAGUGUGAUAACCACGAGAGAAUCGCGGGAACUACCUGUAACUAUCACUGUUCUAAAGGCUAUCAAAUCAAUGGAAACGGCCAGCGAAAAUGUCAGACGAAUGGAAAAUUCAGCGGUCAAGCUCCUUCGUGCAAAAUUAAGACAUGUACGAAUUCUACUCAACUGUACCCAAGCCACGGCCGGCCGAUGUGUCAGCCAAGUAUAUUGGUGUACAAUACCAUGUGUACAACAGAGUGUGACCAUGGAUAUGCAUUACAACCAUCGGAUGUUUCCUUAACGAUUUGUCAGAGUAACGGACAGUGGAGCAAAGUCCUAUCAGACUGUAGAGAUUCUGAGCCUCCAACUAUACUUGAUUGUCCAAGCACACAAUAUGUGUAUGCAGACAGAGGAUCGGCUACUGCGGUUAUUACCUGGAAUAUCCCCACGGUAAAGGACAAUUCUGGAGGGACAAUAACAGCCACCCAGACAAAAGGCCAAUCGUCAGGAACUACCUUCAAUCUCGGUCCAAUGGAAAUCCGUUACUCAGCGACGGACCCGGCUGGAAACACUUCACCUGACUGCAUUUUCUCUGUUCGUGUUGAUCAACAAAUCUGUGAUCCGCCAAAUAUAAUUGAUCAGUACAUAGAAAUUGACUGUCCAAACGGAUUCUCUUAUGGAUCGGAAUGCUAUUUGUCGUGCCGUGGAAGUUAUCCAUUGAUAGGAAGCGAUCGGAUUUCCUGUGAGAGAAACACAACAAACCCAAAGGAAGUAUAUUGGGAUAUGGGUACACAAGGAAUACCUUACUGCAAACAGAAUAAGUGCCCGGAUCUAGUUCCUCCUCUUCAUGGGGCCCUCACGUGCGAUACCUGGAUUUUCGGUGUCCAAUGUAUGAUGCAUUGUAACGAGAACUACGACAUACCUGCCGGAACUGGUGCUGGAGCAUUAGCUAGAUUUACUGGACAGUUCACGUGUUCUACUAGCUCGGGAAAGUGGGGUCCUGUCGAAACAGUUCCAGGUUGUACAGAGUUGAGGAAUCCUCAGAUUUCUUAUCUGCCAGGAGAAAUGUAUUAUUUUACUGGCUCUUGCAAUGAUACCUCAACACAACAAAAAAUAAAAGAAAAUUUUAUAACCGAGAUGCAGAAUUUACAACAGAAUGGCUGGCAGGGUCUUUGUCCUAAUUCAAAUGAUUGUAACGUAGACAAUGUCAAUCUUAAAUGUGGAGUAGCGCGUCGACGACGUCGAGAUCUCUACAAAAUCAGACGGACACGACAAAUACAGGGAGCUACAGUGUUGGUAACAUUUAAUAUAGUUGUGAAAUGGGAAAGAUAUGGUAACACUACAACAGACACUUACAACUAUUUACAAAGUAAAGCUAAAUCACUUGGAUCGCUCAUCGAACAAAAGAUACAGACUGGAUCCCUAGAUGUGGAAGGAGCGGAGGUCGACCAGUCAUCUUUCCAGACUGGUAGGACGGUUAUUAAAUGCGAGACAGGUCGUUACCCACGGUAUACAACUCUCACUUGUGCUUCGUGCGCCCUAGGUUCAUUCUAUGACGAUGUAUUAAAAGAAUGUAUUGAAUGCCCUAAGGGUUCUUAUAGAGACAAUGACGACGUCAUAACAUGCAUUCCUUGUGCAUCAGGGACAUCAACUGCAUCCUCUGGGGCGAUCAACUCAACCGAAUGUGUUCCAACCUGUGCGGCGGGUUACUAUUCACUGACCGGAGUAUACCCUUGUACGCCUUGCUCGAGAUUUCAGUAUGGUCCUCACGAGAUGGCAACCAACUGUGAAGAAUGUGGUGCGGGGUUAAUGACACCGGCGUUAGCCAGUACUAAUGAAUCUGAUUGCACAGUGUUUGAUGCAGUAAUCAAAGGAGGAAUGUUUCCGCAUACGUUGGGACAAUUACAUGACGGGGCCGACAAUUUUACAUUGGCAUUAUGGAUUAAGAUUCCUUCUGGUCACGAUGCCUCUCUCCAAGUCAGAAUCAACAAUGACAUAGAAGUAGAUAUUGGAAGAACUAUCAACGUCACUCACAAUGGAGCACAACAGCCAACAGAUGUUAGACUGAACGUUGGGUCAUGGCAACAUGUGGCUGUGGUCUCAAACUCGCUGUCGGAAAACAUCAAAGUGUUUGUCCAGGGAGAUGUCCAGUUUACUUCAUUUAUACUGCCGAUCGCGACAGAGAGCGCUAGUGACGUACUGAUAUCUAGUACAGGGAUUUCUGAAGCGGGCAUCCAUAUUUCUGGUCUUCUCCUGACACCAGCCUCUCUAGAUGACGAUGACAUAAAUUCACUGGCAUCAACCUGUUAUCACGUACGAAGUGGAACUCUGACUAUGGAUGAAUUAAAGUACACAGACUCCAGCUCCAUUGAACUAAUUUCACCAAGUAUAUGUGAUGCUGAAGACAACUGUGAUCCAGACCCAUGCCAUGGUCAUGCGUGUAUUGACGAUCUGGACGGAUUCAUUUGUCGCUGUGGUGGGGGAUUCACUGGCGAUCUUUGUCAGAUCACUCCAAACUAUUGUUUGAACCACCAAUGUGAAAACAGAGCGCCAUGCCUUAACCUUCUUUCCAAUUACUCCUGUCUGUGUACUUCUGGAUUUAAGGGAAUGUUUUGCGAAAACGAAAUAGUUGAUGGAGGCUGGGCGUCCUGGAGUAAUUGGUCCCACUGCUCACAGUCCUGUGAAGGAGGGAACAGGACACGGCAACGAGAGUGUAACAACCCGUAUCCAGAUCCGGAGGGAGCGCCUUGUAUUGGCGAGAACAUGGAAACCGAGCUUUGUAACGAAGAAGCAUGUCCCGUAUGUCCACCGCGACCCAGAUCUUAUGGAACUUUCAUGGACUGUAAUGUAACAAGUGAUUUGACUACUUGCCGUGUCCGAUGUCGAGAAGGACUUUGGUUUACACCUGGUUAUACCCCUUUACCGGAAUACAAAUGUGGAGUGGAGACCGCAUACGAGUGGAAUGGAAAACCACCGUCGUGCUCAGAAAUAUACAUCCCUGAUCAGCUAGAAACAGUUUCCAGAGUUAGCUAUGGGUCUGAAGAGCUUUGUAAUAAUGAACAAGACAUGGAGAAUGCACUGCUGGUGAACUCCCUGGAUAAUAUUGAAUGUGUAAUGACAAAAACAUGCUAUGUUGAUGUAUCUAUAGAAGGUUGCAGUGCCAGUAAUCGAUUGAUACGUUCUCUGAGUGAAGUAAAAGUAAAGGCCGUGAUCACAUUACAAAUACCUUUAGAGAUGGAGGAAAUUAACAUCUUCGAUAAUUCAUCAUCAACAGCUGCGAGUCCAACAAUAAUGAACUUUCUACAUGCUAUUUCUGAUCUUGAGAAUUCAACCAAGCAAUUAAAUACUAGUAGAGAGAUCUUGAGGAUUGAGAUCGACGGUGAGGAGUAUGAUGCCCUUGGUGUUGAAUCACAUGGGGAGGUCGAGUGCCCAGAUGGACGCAUUCAGUUAGAAGCAGUGUGUACCAAUUGUCCACAGGGUACUUAUAAUCGGGACAACAACGAAUGUACCCCGUGUCCGUAUGGGACGUACCAAGAUGCAGCCGGAUCUGUUUUCUGUAAGGAAUGUCCACAUGGUUCAUCGACACCAUUCCUAGGAUCAACCGACAUCACAGACUGCUCUACUGCAGUACCCACCAAAGAAGUAACAGUCAAUGAAGACUCUAAGACAGGAAUCAUAAUCGGUUGUGUCCUAGGCGCGCUGUUUAUUUGUGCCGUUAUCGUGGGAAUUGCAGUUUGGCAGUUUCUCAGGCGGAAACGACGAAACCAACCAAAGAAACCAACUUUGAUGCAGUACCACUAUAAACCAUGCAACUCUUAAUACCUGAUCUGUGAGUGGUAGUGGUGGCUUUUUAAUGUCUAUGUGCCAUAUAAUAACUAAAUCUACGUUAGAUCCGUGAGUGGUGACCUCUGUGGAAGUGAUAAUUUCCAUGUCACAGCUAAACCUACAUUAGAUCCGUGAGAGGUGACCUCUGUGGAAGUGAUAUUUGCCAUGUAGCAAUUAAAACUAUGAUUGAUCCGUGAGUGAUGGCUUCUAUUUAAGUGAUAAUUUCCUUGUAACAACUAAACCUGCGUUAGAUACGUGAUUGGUGGCCUCUGUGGAAAUUACCAUUUUAUGUAACAAUUUAAACUAUGAUAUCUGUGUGUUAGCCAAAACAACUAAGAGAAUCACAUCUUUUCCAUAAAAAAGAAGAAGAAAUGGAACGGGAAAAGAACCAUCGUAGCUUAAUCUUGGUUAAUUUCAGACGACAGUCGUGUCAUAUGUUGUCGCUUUAAUGUAUAAGUUUGUACAGUUUAUGGUUACAAAAAAUGUAAUAAUCACAUUUAUCACAAUAACAAGCUUUGAAAAA